GGGAGAUGUCCGCUCGCCCACGCGCCUCGUGGCGGCGGCGGCGCCCCCCGUGCUUGACCAGUUGAGAAAAGCAGACCCAAAACAUCGCGAUGGACCGUGUUUAUGUCGACGUGCGACCAGCACAAGGCGGACGCUUUCCAUCGAAUUGUUCGACGUGCCCGCCCCAAAGACAAGGCGACAGUGCGUCCAGCACGAAGCGUCCGAUCGUUCGACGCAAGACGAGGGGGCGGUGCCACCAGAAGAAAAACAGUCGCCGCGUGGACGUGCGUCGUCGGGGAUUUGCGCCAUGCCGCGCGGCGGCAACCCGUACCGUUUCACGAAGGUGGAUCGAAGGCCAGCAAAAGCGACAACCGUUCGCAGAGCCACGUCUUCUGGUUGGCUCACGCGUGCAUUGCUUUUGUGCUCCAAACCUCUUCCCAUCUUUCGUGCGGGCUCUGGGUGCGUCCUCGAGCGAGACGUGUCCUUGCCAUCGAGAACGGUCGAUUCGAACAUGGACAAAGUCGAUACUGUAGUCCCCCCCGGCGUUAUCCAACCGUCGAGGCGAUCCUCUCCACAAGUAUCUACGGCAGCAAGUCCUUCUGACUUGCCCUGGACAGGCCCUGGGACAGCCUGCUUCUCCGGCAAUGCGGUCCCCCCCCGGCCGACUCUAAACUUCCCAGUCCGUCGAUGUUUCGAUUCCUGCGAUGUUUGAAAUAAAAGCACGACGCCCUCCAGCGGUUUUGUGCAUGGCCAGAAAACGCCCGCGACAGACGACGCUGCAGGGAGGGUCAGUCAGCUCCGUUUCGUGCGUGAGCGCCGCCAAGUUCUAUCGAUCGACAGCACGAGGACGGUUUGAACUCGCACGUGUGCGACGGGUAGUCUCGGCCGGCGCCACGCCAGUCGCCCCAACGGCAGGCUGGUCUCCCAUCCGCAGCGCCACCACGUCCAUGGACCCGACCGGUCGCUUCGUCUGCGCGUAAUGGGUGGCCCCGUCCGCCGGGGUUGGCAUCGCGGGUGGCGUGAGUGCCGCCGACGCAAAGUAGCGCGGCCACGUGACUGGGACCACCACUCAUGACAUUGCCGUUUUGUAUGGGCAUACAAAAACCAAGUAGAAGAAAAGCCCAGCGCGGAAUUUUCAGCAGCGGACGGUUUCACGUGGUUGUGGUGCGGGUUCUAGAACUCGUCGCGGCGCCAUUCCCAAAUUCCCCUCGUUGGCAUCGAGACGCGCAUCAUGAUGGCUGCCCGCUUCACGACAGAACAGGUCCUGAGCCCGGCCCUGUACGGCGAGAUCCUUCUCUGCCGCGACAACGUAACCCACGAACAGGUUGUGAUCAAGAAGAUCGACCAGGACGCGAGCGCAGCGCGCACGACGGUCCAGCGCCAGCGAGUCGUGCUCGAAGACACGCACUUUGAAUUGUUUGUGAACCAGACGCUCCGGGAAGAAGGAGGUCACCCGAACGUCCUGACGAUGCAGACGACGUUCGCCGCCGACGGCUACGACCACUUUGUGUUUGAGUACUGCCACCGCGGCGCGCUCUUCGACGUGAUGGAAAACGCCGUCGACAAACAACUCGACACGAUGCAAGCCGAGCGGUACUUUGUUCAGAUUCUGGCAGGGCUCAAGUUCAUCCACGCUGCCGGGUUUGCCCACCGCGACCUGUCCCUUGAAAACAUCCUCGUCGACGCGAACGACACGUGCAAGAUCUGCGACUUUGGGCUGACCGUUGACAUCAACAGCCGACCUGUCGACCGCGUCGGCAAGCCGUACUACAUCGCGCCAGAAGUAUUUGACAACGUGGCGCCGUACGACCCGUCCAAGGCGGACGUGUGGUCCCUUGGGAUCAUCCUGUUUUUGCUUCUCACCGGCGUGCCACUCGUCAACCUCCCGUCCAAGAUGGAUGAAAGCUUUGCGUUCUUGACUCGUUUCGGCUUGAAGAAACUCAUCAAGGGCUGGGAACUCGAAGACUUUGUCUCGGACGAAGCCACAAACUUGCUCGAAAAGAUGUUGUGCAUCCACCCCCACCAGCGAUGCACGCUCCAGGAAGUCGCGCAGCAUCCGUACGUGCUCCGCCGCACGUGAUGACAAUGGAGUCACGUCUCCCCGUCAUUCAAGACUCGCACGCACACGUCCCUCCCCUCGUUUCGAACGAACUCGGCCCACGACCGCGCCACGCAGCGCUCCCACGAGCCUGCGCCAAACCCACCUCCACGCCCUGCCCCUCCCCCGCACUGCUCUUCAUGUGAAUCGACGAUAGCACACCUUCGAAUGAAUCGUUUUAAUCGCUUUAACUCGACACCUCUGAACUAA